AAUGCAUACGACUGAUAAUAUCCACUUGCUUCUUGUUCAAUCGUCUUCGCAAUGGUGGACUAUUUAUUUGUCGGAAUCACAAUCAGUUUUAUAUUUGUUACGCAUGGCUUUACUAACGACACGUUGUCUUUUCCCGAAAACUUUCUAUUUGGCACUUCUACAUCUGCUUAUCAAAUAGAAGGAGGUUGGAAUGAAGGCGGUAAGGGCGAGAGUGUUUGGGAUCGAUGGACACACGAACAUCCAGAUUUAAUACGUGAUGGUAGCAAUGGAGAUGUGGCUUGUGAUUCCUACCACAAGUAUAAGGAAGAUGUACAGUUAUUAAAGAACAUGGGGGUUGACUUUUACCGGUUCUCUCUUAGUUGGACACGUAUUUUACCAACUGGUUACGACAACGUGGUCAAUCAAGAGGGACUUGAUUAUUACAAAAACCUUAUCAAGGAAUUACUAGAUAAUGGCAUCGAACCAUUUGUUACUUUGUAUCAUUGGGAUCACCCAGCAGUGUUCGAAAUCAUGGGCGGGUGGACUAACGAAAUGAUGGUAGAAUGGAUAUCGGAUUAUGCAAGAGUCGUUUUCAAAGAACUCGGCCCCAAUGUUAAAUAUUUUCUGACCAUCAAUGAACCCGUUGUUAUUUGCAAUAAUUGGUACUCUGAAGGAAAGAAAUUAGGCUAUCCGGCUAAAUAUUCGUGUAUGCAUAAUAUUCUGAAGGCGCAUGCUAAGAUUUAUCACAUCUACGACACAGAAUUUCGUGAACAGCAGCAAGGCCAAAUCAGCAUAGUUUUAGAUUGCGCAGGCGCAUUGCCCAAAAGUCUUAGUGAUGCUGCAGCAGUAGACACAUUCUUCCAAUUUCAUUGCGGAUGGGUGGCUCAUCCCAUUUUCUCAACAACUGGUGAUUACCCAGCAGUCAUGAAAAGCCGCAUAGCUGAAAGUAGUAAAUUGGAUGGUUUUUCGAGAUCUAUUUUGCCAGAAUUUUCGCCAGAAUUGGUGCAGUACAUUAAAGGUACAUCGGACUUCUUCAGCUUAAAUCAUUACUCUUCGAAACUUGUGGAAACAGUUCCACGAGUACCAGGACACGCGUGGUACGAUUAUUUUGGCGUGAAAGCAAGUGUAGAUCCAUCAUGGCCAAAAGGCGCACCGGAUUGGCUCAGAGUUGUUCCCAUUGGAUUUCGAGAGCUUCUUAAGAAGAUCUCAAAUGAGUAUGACUACCCAUCUAUCUUUAUUAUAGAGAAUGGUUUUGGCGAUAGAGGUGGUAUUUUUGAUCAUUUAAGAAUAACCUACUUACAUUCUUAUAUGAAGGAAAUGUUAAGUGCCAUUCAAGAAAAUGGAUGUAAAGUGAAAGGGUACGCUGUGUGGAGUCUGCUAGACAGUUUUGAAUGGGACAUUGGUUAUACUGUAGGGUUCGGUUUGGUAAGCGUUAACUUCACGGACCCCAAUCGGACAAGAACCCCAAAACACUCGAUGAACUGGUUUAAACAUGUCAUUGAGACUAAGCAACUUUCUAUUGAUGAACCUCUAAUCCAAGCAAAUCAUUCAAAUGUUUAAAUAAACGGUUGUUGAAUAAUAUAUAAAACGAUUGCUUGGAUAAAUAUUCCGCUAUUCGUAUGAAAGAUUAUUGGACUAAUCGUUUGUAUAUUACAGAAUAUACAGUCGCCUAACUUUGAAAAGUGCCGCCGCUGUUAUUAAAAUAUUGUUGUUGAAAUAUUAUUAAAAAACCAUUACAUCUCAAGUGUAUCUAGAUCAUGAAAAACGGAUUACUGACAUGCUAAUAAAGAUGACUAAAUACUCA